UUCCCGCCCUCUAAGCGGCAAGCUUCCGCUUCCGGGUGUUUCCGGUAGGGGGUCUCCGCCGUGUCCAGGAUGAGCGGAGCAGGGAAAACCCGGGAGGGAGCUGCAGGAGCUGGAGAAGGUGCAGCUGCCAUCCUGCUACGUUACCUCCAGGAGCAGAACCGGCCUCACAGUGCUCAGGAUGCCUUUGGCAACUUACAACGAGAGCAUGGCCUGGGCAAGACGGCUGUAGUGAAGGCACUAGAACAGUUGGCUCAACAAGGGAAGAUCAAAGAGAAAGUGUACGGAAAGCAAAAAAUAUAUUUUCCAGAUCAGGAUCGCUUUGGUAGUGUGAAUGACUCAGAGCUCAAAGGCCUGGACAAUGAGAUUUCGGAACUGUCUUGCAAAGUACAGACCCUCCAACAGAACUGUCGUCACAUGGAGUCAGAACUGAAAGAACUGAAGGGCUCUAUGACAACCCCAGAGAUGGUUAAGGAGAUUGAAGAGUUAAAAAAAGAUUGUGCCAAUUAUACAGAGAAACUGGAGCGAAUUAAAUCUGCUGCCAAUCAUGUGACUCCUGAGGAGAAAGAAAAGGUUUACAAUGAAAAGAAGCUGUAUUGCAGGGAAUGGCGUCGCCGGAAGAGAAUGGCAACAGAGCUACUUGACGCGAUCCUGGAAGGAUACCCCAAAAGCAAGAAGCAAUUCUUUGAGGAAGUUGGCAUUGAGACAGAUGAAGAUUUCAAUGUUACUUUACCCACCGUCUGAACCCAAGGGCUUCCCUGUUUUAUGAAACUGUCACCUACUUAGCACUCAAGUUUCAGUCCGCCAUAUUCCACAUUGCUGUAUAUUUUUGAAACUACGUUUGCGUUCAUUGGAGAUAAGCAGACCCUGCCUACUGCACUAUUAUUUCUUAGUUCCAGCACCUCUCCCCUGGCAUGUCAGGCUAAUUGCCGUUUUGUUCUUAAAGCUGUUAGUCUCACUACACAGGACUGCUGAUAAGCACUUGAGAAAAUUGUCUGGGGGUGGGGUGCGGGACACAAAAUAAAAUACUUGAAUUAACUCUGAAGGCUGUAUCAUUUUUCUCUGUUUGUAACCAGCCUGCAUCCUGUAUAGAUGGUGUGUUGUGCAUAUUAAACCCACCCAGCUCCUUUG